GCUGUUGUUCUCUUUGCCAUCCUCGCCUGCGCUGCUGCCAAACCACACAUUCUUGCUGGCGCUCCUGUGGCUUUUGCUGCUCCAGCUCCGGUGAUCACCGCCACCAGUAGUCAAGUUGUGGCACGCAACCAUAAUGGCAUCGCUUUCGCUCCAGUUGUCGCGCCAGCAGCCAUUGCUCCCGUGGCUCCACUCGCUAAAGUUGUCGCUCCCGUCGCUGCUGCUCUAUUGGCCGCACCAAUCGCACCUCUUGCCGCACCAGCACCUUUGAUUGCUCGCUAUGCUGCUGGAAGACAGAAGAGCAGCUUUUAA